AUGGCGGGGAAGCAAAGCGAGCUGAUUGGAGGAGGUUGCAAAUUGUUCUAUUAUGGCGUGGAUGAAAGGAGGAAUGGGUGUGAGUUGGACGAAAAGGAGGAGUUCUGGAGUGAGGUGGAGGAAGUGAUACAGAACAUUCCCAGAGAGGAGAGGAUUGUUAUUAGAGCAAACUUUAAUGGACAUAUCGGAGAAGAAAAUAAUGGUGACGAGGAUGUGAUGGGCAAAUAUGGUGUGGGAGAGAAAAAUGCGGAGGGACAGUUGGUUGUUGACUGUGCGAAACGGAUGGAGAUGGCAUUAGUGAACACCUAUUUGAAGAAGAGGGAGGAGCACAGAGCUACAUAUAUGAGUGAAGGAAGGAGUACACAGGUAGACUUUAUACUGUGUAGGAGAUGCAACUUGAAAGAGUUUAGUGAUUGUAAGGUUGUGCCCGGGGAGAGUGUGGCAAGACAGCAUAAAGUGUUAGUUUGGAACCUGAGCCUGAAAGUGAAGACAAGGAGGAAAGUGAGGACUGAACCAAAGAUAAAAUGGUGGAAAUUAAAGGAUUAG